AAAUAGGUCAAACAAUGUUAACAAAGUUAUAAUUAACGAAAUAAAGCCCCAUUUGAAUGCUCGCUGAAAGCUUGGUGGCUAUUUUUGUAACUGCAUUCACAUGAAAAUUAUGAACUGCUUUUGGAAGCAGAAUAUUAGGCUACUGAUUCCCUAUUGGUUGAAACAUGCCUACCACACUUUUGCUUGUUUUCAACCCUAUCAUUUGUCAUUCACACAUCUCAAGUGAUGCAAUCAAGCACUUGGUAGUGCUAUAAAUACCACUUCAUUUAAUUUCUUUCUUUCUUUUUUUCUUUCUUCAGAAACAGCCAAACAAGUUCCUCAGUGUAAAAAUAAUGUUUCGGUUUCGGUAAUGUUCGGUCUUUUUCUAAUGUUAUUCCACUGUUAUGUUCCCAUUUUAUUCAAAAUAUAUUUUCCAUAAUAGUUUUUAAUGUAUUCUAUACACAUUUUUUUACCGUAUACAUAUCUACCAGGAAAAAAUCGUGAAAUCUGAAAGCAGCUCUAAGGUGAAUUUCAAGUCGUCCCACGCCCCCUAUAGGAAGAGGUAACCAGGCAAUGCAGCGAAAGCGUCGCGUACAGCGCUGACGUCACAGAACGCUGAGCUGAAGCGCGACUGCAGGCGCAUUUUCUCCCCAUUCAUCUGCCUCAGACGGAGAGUCACAUCACUGGGCAUAGUGUCAGAAAGAGGAGAUUCCAGCUGAAAUAAAUAUGAAAUAACAACAGAAGGGGAAUUCAUAUCUAAAGCGGCGUAUUGUUUCCUUAUCUGGGUCAGCUACGUGAGUUUUUUCGUUACAGAGUUCGGCUUUAAAAACUGUGUUCAUUUUAAUUAUGAGUUUAAUAUUACUCGCUACGUUUUCGCAAAGGAAUGAUUAAAAAAACCGUGACCAGAUUUCUCGCGUCAGACCACUUUUAACAACAGGAAUAUGGCAAAAAAUAUUAUAGACCACCAAAGGGAUGAUUUAAGCAAGGUAUCGGAUGAAGAACUGCUUAAAUGUAGCAAAGAUGAGCUGCUUAGGAGACUCCGGAAAGUGGAUAGUGAAAAGAUUAACUUGAUGGUUGAACACGGGAACAUGAUGAAGGACGUCAACCGGAGAUUACAAGUGCAUCUCCACGAAAUCCGGAGCUUGAAGGAGGUCAAUCAGAAACUGCAAGAAGAUAACCAGGAGCUUCGAGAACUGUGCUGUUUCUUGGAUGAUGAUCGGCAGAAAGGAAAAAAACUGUCCAGGGAAUGGCAGAGAUUUGGCAGGUACACUGCCAGUGUUAUGUUGAAGGAGGUUGGUAUAUUCCAGCAAAAACUGAAAGACCUAGAAACCAACCAGGAGAGUGUGAUGAAAGAGAAUGUGGAGCUGAAGGAGAUCAUCCUCAUGUUAGAUGAUGAGAGGAAUGGAGCCGGAUCCAGGAGCUCCAUAGACAGCCAAUCCAGUCUGAACGGAGGUUCUGCUACUGUGAGGGAUGUUGGAGAUGGGAGCAGUACCUCUAGCACGGGCAGUGCUGGGAGCCCUGAUCACCACCACAGCCAUAUUCACAAACCUUCAGAGGGAAAGAUCAUGUCUAUCAGGAGGUCUAUGGAUGAUCUAUCAACCAGCCCUCUCAUCAGAAGCAUACCGAAUGGGCUCAAUGAUUCAUCUUCAAGCUACAUCCGCCAACUUGAGACUAAAGUCCGGAUUUUAGAGGAUGACAACAAGCAAUUGUUAUCCCAGCAGGGGAGCACGGGAGAUCUGAAGACACUUCGGAAAGGGCUGUCUCCGUAUCACUCCGAGUCCCAGCUCUCCUCGCUAUCCCAGUUUCAGGACACCUUACAGAAUGGGUCUGCGCGGAUGCCAGGAGAUGAUCUGCCGCCCCCCAUCACAGGAUACCUGCCGGCUGCACAGAAACCAGAGGCUGUUGUCCAUGCCAUGAAAGUAUUAGAAGUCCAUGAGAACCUAGACAGGAAGAUCCCGGAGGACUACGAGGAGGAUCUCAGUGAGAAAGAGAAAGCCAUUGUCAGAGAGAUGUGUAAUGUGGUGUGGCGUAAGCUCGGAGAUGCAGCAGGAUCCAAACCCUCCAUCCGCCAACAUCUCUCUGGGAACCAGUUCAAAGGCCCUUUGUAGCUUCCAUGUCAAUGACCAGCAGGGCCUCGAACAAACAAACAAAUCUGUGAAUAUGACAGGAGGAACAGACAGUCUCAGAACGGGGCAACUUCGGGAAACCACACAAAGAGCUUUGCAUCUACUGCCAGCUCCUUUCAGCCCAUGCCAUUCAGUUGAGACAUUUCAAACCUAUUACUUAUGAUGCCCUGUGGUAGUUUAACAUAUAAUGGACUCACAAUUAGCACAAGCUAAAUAAUUACUCUAUUUAUGUGCACACCAUCCAAGAAGGCAGCUUAAUGGAUUCGUUUCUCGUUCCAGAUAAGGAAUGAAAGCACACAGCUCUAACGCAGAUAAAUUCUCCAUGGAGAUACUCCUACAAGAUAGAUCCUUUAUGCUUUCAGCUAAAAAGCUUUUUGAUUUUGGCAUAAGACCAUUCCAUAUUAUACAUAUUUUUUUACCUUCUACACU